GGGAGGGGGGGCGAAAGAAAUAGGAAUAAAUUUUAGUAUAUUUUUGGGGUGUGCGUGUGAGUGAGCGAGCGAGAGUGUGCGUGCCGGCGCGCGCGCGCCCUUGCUGGAUUCCCCCCCAAAAUACUAAUGGCCAUGAGUUCUUUCUUGAUCAACUCCAACUAUGUGGACCCCAAAUUCCCACCAUGCGAAGAAUAUUCGCAGCACGAUUACCUUCCCAGUCAUUCUCCGGAAUAUUUCAGCGGCCAGAGGCGAGAGGAGAACUCUUUCCAACACGAGGCGUUGUACCCAGCGCGGUCCGCCUGUAACCAACCAACCUAUCCUUCGUGUCAGGGCUCCGGCCACCAACCAUCGGUCCUCUCUCCCAGGAGCCAGCAUGUCCACGCUCCAGCUGGACUUCAAAACCACCUCUCCGAACCAAACCACCCUUGCGAAUCCAUCACGCCAAGCCCACCGCCUUCCUGUAGCCAAAACUCUCUCAACCAAAGCCCAUCCUCUUGCAAAGAACCGGUAGUUUAUCCCUGGAUGAAGAAAGUUCAUGUUAGCACGGUCAACCCCAACUACGCGGGAGGGGAGCCGAAACGUUCCAGGACGGCUUACACCAGGCAGCAAGUCCUUGAGCUGGAGAAAGAAUUCCACUACAACCGCUACCUCACCCGGAGGCGACGGGUGGAAAUCGCCCACUCCCUUUGCUUGUCCGAACGCCAGAUCAAGAUAUGGUUUCAGAACAGGAGGAUGAAAUGGAAAAAGGACCACAAAUUGCCCAAUACCAAGAUCCGCUCUAGCUCUGCGGCCAGUCUCCCGGCUCAAGGAGGGAGUGCGGGUCCCCAGGACCGAACCAAUGGACCAGCCUCCAAUCCCACCACUAGUCUAUAACCUUCGCUUGAGCGUGGUCGGUGUGUGCCUGUGUGUGACUGCUAAGAGAACUGAUGUAUGAAAGGGAGCUGCGCCUUGUGAUUUCACUGUUCCCUGAGGGAGAAACACCAAGGCCUUGAGGGAAGGGGUCGAGCGGGUGGGUGGGAACACUAUUUAUAUGAAGGGAGAGGAGACAAAAGAGGGUAAGAAGGAGGGGGGGGGAAUCCCGUUGUCCGGAAAGCAGGGUUGUAUUUGGGGUAGCAGCUCUGGUCUAUAGGAGUUGGGGGGGGCAGAUUUGGCUAAGAUGAAUCCCUUUUCCACCCUUAAUCAAGCCAAACUCGGGGCCAUUUGUCAUGUUUACUCUCGCGUACAAACGAAGGACCUUAUGCCAGCCAUUAACUCGACAGGCAGACUCGUCUUUAAUAAAUGAGGCCUGGUUUCACCUAGGAAGAACUGGACCCUCUCCCUCUUUCUCUCUAGCUCUCUCCUCCUCUCUCUCCUUUUCCAGCCUCUUUCUUCUUCUCCCAACCAACCACAAAACCCAGACAUUUCCCCAAAGGCGACGGAAAAGGUGUUGGCAUCUGCUUAACACAGCUGUAGAUGGCAAAGCGAUUGGAAGAGAGAAAUAAAAUUCUCCGAGCCCUCUAAGGACUUCAUUGGAUAGUGCAUAUUGUUCCGUAAGGAGGAGCGCCAUUGGGGAAAAAUAGGGGAGGGACAACCGGAGCCCCCCUCCACUGGAGCAACCAAUGCAUUACAAAAAUACUUCAGGUUAAUUACCUAACCUGCAAGACCUGGAAAGCGGAGAAGAGCUGUACUCUUGAGCCUAUAAAGUUGAUUAUAACAGAAAGCCAUCUGGGUUCUGGGGCCAUUAAAAGAAGGGGGAGGUCCUUUGUAAAUAAGGAUGCUCAGCGCCCUCUUCACUGCCAUCUUUGAAUGAAAUAUGUGCAUAAAGAUGGAUUUUCUGGGGAACCCUUCGGGAAUUAAGGGGAAAGGGAUAUGCCUAUGCGAGCUCUCUCUCCCCUCCCCUUCCCCCAAUAUAUGACAUUCCGGAAUGGUAUAAUUCCAGACAACUUUGGGGAGAUGAAAAAUGCCCGCCUCCCAUAAUUCCAUAUAAUUACCUCUUGUUGUUCUGUGUGAUCUCCAUAAGAACGUGUACAUAGUAAACCAUGGCGGGAAAAAAAUCCGAAAUAAAAAUAAUAAUAAUGGUGAA